ACUACACGUUGGUCCGUCGCAGAGUCAUUGAUACGUCAUCAACGUCAGACGCGCCACUGCAAGAAACCAACGGCAAUAAUGCUUUUCUACUCGUUUUUCAAGUCGCUGGUGGGGAAGGAUGUUGUUGUGGAGCUCAAAAAUGACCUGAGCAUCUGUGGGACACUUCACUCUGUUGACCAGUAUUUGAACAUAAAACUCACAGACAUCAGUGUCACAGAUCCAGAGAAGUACCCACACAUGCUGUCUGUGAAGAACUGUUUCAUCCGUGGAUCCGUGGUCCGGUACGUUCAGCUGCCAGCAGAUGAAGUGGACACACAGCUGCUGCAAGAUGCUGCACGAAAAGAAGCCAUGCAGCAGAAGCAGUGAUGAAACUGCAGGGUGGGGUUAAGUUUAGGAAGUGGGUGGGGGGUUUGAGUACUUUUGUUGUGUUCUUGAAUAUUUGGUUUUGACCUCAGAUCAUUUAAAGGUGAUGCAGUUUGUGCAGCUUUUGUAACUGAGACAUAUUGAUCAUUUUCCUGUCAUUUCAGAGAAAAUUUAGUUGCAUUCCUGACAUUUGUGAGUAGUUUUGCAAAAAAAAUCCCAAAAAGUCGAUUAUUGGAAAUGAUCUGUAUCCCACAGUCUGUGCAGGAGACUUCAGUCUUUUUGUUUUGUUUUUUUUAAAGAAUAAGAAUUAAGAGUAAAGUUGGGCACAGAAGUGGUAAGGAUCUGUUGGUUUUUGUUUUAAGAGCACUGUUGAUUUUCCUUAAAACCUGACUGUUUUUUAUGUGACUUCAAAAUAAAAAUAUUUUAUUUAUA